AUGUUAUUGUCCUAUUACUAAAAAGUUAAGCCUCUUAUAGCUGCUCAUAGAGGAUUAUCCAGUCUUUACCCAGGUAUUUUAUAACUUAAACGUAGAAAAUACAUUAGAAGGAUUUAAAUCUGCACUCUAAUUUUCUGAUUUUAUUGAAUUAGAUGUCGUUUUAAACAAAGAUGGACUACCUGUAGUUUGUCAUGAUGCUUUUUUAAGUUUAGUAAGUGAUGUUAAAAAUCAUAAUAAAUUUGAAAAUCGAAAACAGUCUAGAAUUCUAUAAGAUAAAGAAAAAUCAGAUUGGUGGAUUUCUGAUUUCACUUUUGAAGAAUUGAAAGAAUUACAUUUGAGUUAAUGUAUUAAUAAUCGUAAAAGUGAAUAUGAUGGACAUCUUUAAAUACCUUCUUUAAAAGAAAUAUUUGAGUAUUUUUUGAAGUAUAAUUAAAACACUGACAAUAAGAAAGGAAUCCUUUUAGAAAUUAAAGAUUUCGAAUAUCAUUACAAAUACUGUAAUAUUAAUAUUGCUGAAAUUAUACAUAACUUUUUAUAAGAAUAAGGUUUAAGUACACUUAAUGAAUGCUCUUAAAAAUUACCAAUAGUGAUUAUGGCAUUUGAUAAAUAAGUUCUGUAAUAUUUUAGUGCACGUUCUGAUCUUCCUUUAGCAUAAUUGGUUUGGUUUGAAGAUAAAAAUAUUCCAACGAUAACUGAAAUUGUUCAAUAUGCUAAAAUAGUUGGUUUAGAUUUAAGAUUAGUUUGGUAAAAUAAUUAAACUCAUGAAUAUUAUAAUGAGGCUAAAAAGAAUGGUUUAAUUAUAUAUGGAUGGACAUUUUAAGAUGAUAAUGAAGAUAUCAAGAAAUUAUUUGAUGAAUAAGACAUAGGUAAAAUAUAUUAAAGGAGUAGCACAUUGCUUUAAGGAAUUAUAACAGAAUUUCCUUAAGAAGCAGUAAAAUUCAUCCUUUGA